AUGGGAAUUAUCGAGAAAAUCCAGGAAAUAGAGCGAGAAAUCGCUCGAACACAGAAGAACAAAGCGACAGAGUAUCAUUUGGGAUUACUUAAAGCAAAAUUAGCUAAAUAUCGGUCAGAACUUUUGGAACCGACUAAAAAGGGUGGAGAAAAAGGAGAAGGAUUUGAUGUCCUUAAAUCCGGAGAUGCUCGAGUGUCUUUAAUUGGAUUUCCAAGUGUCGGUAAGUCAACACUAUUGUCUACACUGACAAAAACGGAAUCAGAAGCAGCAAAUUAUGAGUUCACAACAUUAACAUGUAUUCCCGGUGUUAUUGAGUAUAAAGGUGCUAAUAUCCAGUUACUCGAUUUACCUGGAAUUAUUGAGGGAGCUGCCCAAGGUAAAGGUAGAGGACGACAAGUCAUUGCUGUUGCUAGAACAGCUGAUUUAGUCUUGAUGAUGUUAGAUGCGACAAAGCCUGAUGUCCAUAGAGAUCUAUUAACAGCUGAAUUGGAAUCUGUUGGUAUUCGAUUGAAUAAGAGACGACCUAAUAUUUACUAUAAACUCAAAAAAGGCGGAGGCUUAUCAUUUAAUUCGACAUUAACAUUAACAAAAUGCAAUGAAAAGAUGGUCCAGACAAUUCUCCAUUCCUUUAAGAUAUUUAAUGCUGAAGUUUUGUUCCGAGACGAUUGCACGACUGAUGAGUUUAUUGAUGUUGUCGUUGGAAAUAGAGUUUAUCUUCCAUGUCUUUAUGUCUACAAUAAGAUAGAUCAGAUAUCAAUUGAGGAAGUUAAUAGAUUAGCUCGUUCGGAACACUCGAUAGUCGUGAGUUGUAACAUGAUGCUGAAUUUAGACUAUUUGUUGGACACAAUAUGGGAAUAUUUACGACUAAUUAGAGUGUACACAAAAAAGCCAGGACAGCCACCAGAUUUUGAUGAUUGCUUAAUUCUUCGUCGAGGUGUUUCAGUUGAGCAUGUUUGUCAUGCUAUUCAUCGCACACUUGCUGCUUCGUUUAAAUAUGCUUUAGUAUGGGGACAAUCUGCAAAGUUUUCUCCACAACGUGUUGGUAUCAGUCAUAUUAUGGCUGAUGAGGAUGUUAUACAAGUUGUCAAGAAAUAA